AUGCUAACCCCACCGUCUAACCCUUCCCCCCCCCCCCCCCCCCCCUCUUCUCUUCCUCCUCCAGAUUCCCUGGCGGUGCAGGAGUCGGGCGAGCGGCCCCACUGGUGUGUGGUGGCCUACUGGGAGGAGAAGACCCGCGUGGGGCGCCUCUACUCCGUCCAGGAGUCCUCCCUGGACAUCUUCUACGACCUACCUCAGGGCAACGGCUUCUGCCUGGGCCAGCUGUGCUCGGACAACAAGUCCCCGCUGGUGCAGAUGGUGCGCGCCAAGAUCGGCUUCGGCAUCCAGCUGACGCGGGAGGCGGACGGCGUCUGGGUGUACAACCGCAGCGGCUACCCCAUCUUCAUCAAGUCGGCCACACUGGACAACCCGGACUCGCGCGCGCUGCUGGUGCACAAGGUUCCCGGCUUCGCCAUCAAGGCGUUCGACCUGGACAAGGCGGCGGGCCUGCGGCGGCCCAACGACCACGAGUUCACGCUGCAGCCGCGCACGGGCUUCACGGUGCAGAUCAGCUUCGUGAAGGGCUGGGGCCAGUGCUACACCAGACAGUUCAUCGGGAGCUGCCCCUGCUGGCUGGAGGUGAUCUUUAACACGCGGUAGCCCCCGCCCCCCCGCCCCCCCCGCCCCCCACGGCCCCAGCCCCGCUCGCCUCUCCCUCCUCUGGUUCCUCUGAGGCCGCUUCGAGGAGCCUUUUCACGGACUAGAGCCUGCCCCCCUCCUCCCCCCUCGCCCCCACACACACUUUUUUUUUGUUUUUGUCCCAGAGGUUUAAAGUUUAAGAGAAAAAAGUUUUAAAAGAAGAAGAAGAAGAAGAAGACGAAGAAGAUGAGACUCUAAAGGAUUCUGACAGACUUUGUUUAAUAAAUGACUAAGGUUUAACUAAAGUAAAAUAAGAUGCGGAAGAAAUGUAUUUUAUGUUAUAUAUAAAUAUAUUAUUACUUGUAAAUAUAAAGAUGUUUUAUAUGCAUCAUUAUUUAUGUAUUGUGCAAUGUGUUGAUGAGAAAAUGAAAUAAGAUGCACUUUGCUUAAUAUAAAUGCAAAACGAAGAAAUGCCAAAAUAAAAAAAAAAUGACAUAA